AUGGAUCUAACACCUCCCUCACUCACGACGUCACCCUACUCGCCUCAGCGAAAGCACCUUGAUUCACCACCUUACAUCCACCCGGCUUGCUGUAUGCCAGAAACAACGGCCGGGGGCUAUCCCUCAACCACAACAGUGGAUAGCCACCCAUACAACAUUCCCCCACCGUACGGGUCUAUGAUCGACCCUUCGCUUGACCCUCAUGUCGUCAAUGGGGGCAGUCCUCUAGCGCCAUUGGGAUCCAUGACUGGCGGAGUAUCUUGGAACCACUCGAGUGUGUCGGCUGCUGCUUCACCAGCAGAUACGACUACAUCUUCCAUCAUGCCCACUGGCAUUUCUUCUGAGUAUGAGCAGUUCGCAUCUUACGAUUCCUCUUGUAUGCCACAGACGUACCCCCAGAGCAACGCAUACGGUAGACCGGCCUCUCAAUCACCUGCCUUUCUACGAACACCGCCCUCGUCUUCGAGCGAUAUGGUUGUUAGAGAUAGGUCCUCGCUCUCCUCAACGAGCUCGUUUGUAUUUUCGAGAGAGCAGGCCAUGGUUUCCAAAUCAAAGGUGAAUAGCGCACUGUCAUAUGGGGGCAUCGUCAACGCACCUCAGUAUGACGCCUCAACGCAGCUGCCAUCCAGGACAUCUUUCAACACAAAUACGCCGAUGUACUUGGGCGAAGGCUUCCAGACACCACAUUCUACUCACCUCCAGCCCCCGCAAACACACAAUGGCCUCCCGCCAGGUCAACUUCCUCUAUCAGCAACAGCCACCACCAUAGGGGGUCCCUCAAGCGCAUCACAGAUACUCGUGAACUCCUCCGACCGUGGCCAAACAUGGACUAGGUUGAGGAGAAAGAAAAGGCCGACAAGGAAGCAUACCACAAAGGAGGAGGCCAAUUAUCAGUGCACGAUCGAUGGAUGUGGAAAGUUUUUCAGUCGCAGUUAUAACUUUAAGUCGCACUUAGAGACCCAUGAUGAGAAGCGAGAAUACCCGUUUCCAUGUAAGGAGCCAAACUGCUCCAAAAAGUUUGUGCGGAAGACCGAUCUACAGAGACACCAUCAGAGCGUUCACACUAAGGAACGCAAUCACAAGUGUGAUUUCUGUGGGCGCAUGUUCGCUCGAAAAGACACCCUCCGAAGGCAUAUGGAGGACGGCUGCUCAAAGCGAUUUGAAAUCGGCAUGCUGGAUGCAGAGGAAUACGAAGAGCUUGAAUCAGCAAAACUACCGGAAGUGCCGAGGCCAAGGGAGAUCCAAAACCUUGGCACAACUCUCAGACCUCCAAUGUCCGCAAACCCCAUCACCACCGGUCCGGAUGACAACAGAAUACUAGCCAUGCCCACACAUACGCUCACGUCGCGGGUCGACAAUUGGCGUUAA